UGAAUCUCGUCAUGAAAUUUCUGUCAAGUUUUUCGAUAUUUAGUAUUCUUCAUGUUGUGAAGUCGAUUGGUUCGGGAGUUAACAUUUUGAUGUGGGACAGAACAGCUGAGGAUUUCGUUCCUAUAUGGGAAAUUCCAAUAUUCCGGGAAUUGGUCUUUAAAAAUCAUAAUGUCAGUCUGGGAGCCGAAAGAGCUAGACUUCAGGGAGAAACUCUGAGGAUUGGUUAUCAUACGGAAAUGAACUUGAUGACAUUCGAAAAUAAUGGCACAAAACUUUCGGGACUUCUAGGAGACAUGUGGACGAUGCUCGCAGAUUUUUUGAAUUUCACGAUUGAAGCUGUGGAGAUACCCGAAGCGAAAUUCGGUUCACAAUCCAGCGAAAGCCAUAUCGGUCUCAUUGGAAUGCUGCGGCGUAAUGAAGUGGAUAUCGUACCACGAGUGGCAUUUUACCUGAACACCAAUGACAUCAUCGACUACUCCACUCCUUUAUGGACUAAUAGCUUCCGAGUGUACGUCAGGCCACAAUUCGAAUCUGACGACUCCUGGAUCUUUAAGACUUUUCCUCUGCCUUGUUGGAUUUCUAUCAUAAUUUCUAUAGGACUCUUCAGUCUCCUGGGGGCUCUGUUUGAUAGGUUGAACCAAGCAAUGAUCAGAUUUCAUGGGAAUACUCUACAAAAUCUGCUAUUGGAACAUUUUUUUUAUACCCUCGGAGCGUUCUGCAAUCAAGGGAGUAUAGCUGUCCACGUGGAGCGAUCCCGGAUAAUGGCCUUUUCUAGAAGAGCGUCCGCUUGGCUGAUUAUAAGUAUUUUCAGUACGACCCUCGUUGCAUCGAUGACGCAUAAAGAAAUGCACCUGCCAUUUACUGGCAUUGACUCGCUGCUGGUCAAAACAGAUUAUAAACUUAUUCUCAGUACUGCUUCACUCGCAUUCAGCAAGUUCCAAGAUAUUAUCCUCCCGAACUACACAUCUCGUAAGUACAGGCGUAAAAUCAAAUACGUUUCUGUCGCCGAGGACAUGUACAGAACUGGAUGCCAUGGAACCGGCAAAGAUGCCCUUUUCGAAGCUGAGGACAGACAUCGCGCCAGGGCUACUCGCACGUGUACAUUCAUUCCAACGGAAGAAGCAUAUUUUUCAACUUGGAUCACCACAGGAAUGGUCAAGGGUUUUCAAUUCAAACGGCCAAUUGAUAAUGGAAUUUUAAAACUCAUUGAAGUGGGUCUUCUGGACGCCUUGAAGGAUCGCUGGCUGAUUCCUCCGUUGUCAUGGCCCCCCGACAAAUAUGUUGUUGUCGGAAUGAAACAAGUCUACGUCAUCUUCACAGUUCUGGCAAUCGGUGUAAUCGUUUCGCUCAUCAUCUUUAUUGUGGAGUAUAUCGUUUUCAUCCAUCGGCGACACCAUCUCCGGAGGAAAUGGGAUAAACAACUUCGAAAACAGGCUCUCAGACUUAAAAUCCCACUCCAUAAUCAAAAUCUCUUGGUAAACGAGAGCAGCCCCAAAGAAAGAAACAUUUUCUUACUCUGACAAAUUUUUACUGCGUCGAUUUACACGAAAUUCAUUCAAAAAUCAAUUGAUGAAUUCUAUAUUUUGAAAAAUUCUAUAUAAUUAUGGAAUUUUUGUAGAAUUAUUUUUCAUUUACAGGACAACUAGAUAACUGGAAAUAGUGAAAA